ACGCCGCUCUGUACGUUUACCAGGGUUUCUAUCUUUUAAUGUCAACGUUUGACAAGUACCAUGGAUUUUAACGACUUGUUCGACGAGCGGACAUUUCCAUUUUCCGAUUUUCAGGAGUUUACGUUUUUACCCGGACAUCAGCAACUGUCGGAGCGGGUCAGGAAGCGUUUGUACUAUGGUCUCGACCAAGACAGUUCUCUAGACGAACUAUCAUGUCCGGUUACAGAUAUUGCUGUGGAACUGCUCCAGAAGUCUGCCCCAAGUCCAAUCCGAAAACUCCAUAAGAAAUAUGCGGCACACGUGGCCAGGGAGGCCUGUAUCUCCCCCUGUGCUAUGAUGCUGGCUCUGGUUUACAUUGAAAGAUUACGACACAGAAACCCUGAAUACCUGCAGCAGAUUUCCUCCUCGGACCUUUUCUUGAUAUCUAUGAUGGUGGCCAGUAAGUAUUUGUACGAUGAAGGAGAGGAGGAAGAGGUUUUCAAUGACGAAUGGGGAGCAGCUGGCAAGCUGGACGUGCAAACCGUUAACACACUGGAGAUGAAUUUCCUUAAUGCCAUUGAAUGGAGCCUCUUUACAGAGCCCAGCGAAUUCUUUAAUGUUCUCACUCAACUGGAGGCCAGCAUUGCGGAGCGACAAGGGAUGAAGCGAGGCUGGUUCACCUACACUGAUCUCUGUGUGCUGAUGGAGCGGUCGGCGUGGCGACAGGCCCUUGCUUCCAUCUACCUACACUUUGCAAAGAUGGCCUGUAUGCUGGGUCUCCUGUACCUAACCAGUGUGGCCGGACUGAUCGCAGCCUCAGCAGUGCUUCACCAGAUCACUGUCCCCAGCAACACCAUCCGGCCCCUCGUCCCAAUGGAUACAAUCGGCCUCCAGUCCUCCGCGCGCUCCCUGGACCUUCAACCCGACAUGCCCAGCUCAGCUCCAGCCUCGCUGCCCCACUGCUGUGUCCAGGGCAACGACAGCGAGCGGCCUCGUUCCACGCUUCCCGACCACGACCGCGGCUCCACCUCCACCUCAUCUCAGAACUCUGUACUGUUCGUCUGGAGCUCCCUCUUCACAGCUCUGGUCCACUCAGAACCGACGCAGCCCGUCAGUCAACAGGACUGCUCUGAUUCUGUGCUCCUUUCUCCCAGUUGCCUGGACCUUUACCCGCCGCUGCAGUGCACAGCACGCAACACCUCCAGCCCCCACCAUCCCCCCUGGUACAGCUGCCUCGUGGGCCCGUGGCUGGGCCCGACUCUGUUCAGCGGGAUGGGGCCCCUGACGCGGCAGCCAUGUGGCCCACAGACCAGCUUACCCUUUGGGAAGGCCCCAGCCCUCCUUCUUCCCAGCUAGACAGCCCAGUGUGCAUACCUCUACACUGUAUUACACAAUAAAUACAGCUGAGUUCGUCUCCAGCAAGCUAUUCUGACGCUUUUUCACCUUUUUAACCCUGUGUUUUGUGUAAUUACACACACAAAAAAAAACUUGGAGAUAAUAUGAACGCUUUUGUCUGUAACUUUGAGGUUUGGGAUGGGGCUCUAAGGUCAGGUGGAAAUUGGAAACGUGUAACUCUUUUGAUCAGCUUCAGGAUUUUGUUUUGUUUGUUUUCAACUUGUGUGGAGUUGUGACCAUAUUUGCCCUUCUCAUCACAAAGCAUCUUUUUUGCUGACAGCUAAAUAACAGAUUGAACAUAUUUUAUUAAUAUUUUUUAUAUUGUAAAACAAUACUCUUAAAAAUGAACAGAAAUGCUGUUGAGAUAGAUGGGACAGAAGAUAUGUCAAAAAAAAAUGGUGCAGUGUUUCGAAGAUCUCUGGGCACUUUGUGAUAUGGCAAGUCUUGAGAGAAUUUUCCAGGUUGGACUGAAGGUUUGAGUUUGGAAAUGGGAGGGUUUGUUCAUCUGUGUUGCACUUAUUGCUACUUGCAUUUAAUGUUUGAACAAGGUAUUAUAGUGGAGGUUUUUUUUUAAGAAGGGCUGAAGGAGCUGGGAUUGGUCACAUGUUUUAAUUUUAGCGGGGAUCUCUCACUAUUAAAAAAUGAAAAGGGAAAAAAAAGAGAGUGGAUGAGACAAGAGCAGUGGUUUGGGGAUAACAUUGUGUUAUUAGUGCUACCUGGUUUUGAUGGUGGUUUAGUUAAUCUUUAAUUCCAUAAGAAAGCUAGUUCCAUCUAGUAGUUCAUUGGAGAGACAACUAAAGAGUUCUAGAGAACCACCAGAAAAACUUGUAAUUUGUUUACUGCUUGGGGGGGGACUAACAAUCAGAGAAAAAGUUGUUCAUAGUUCUUGUACCUACUGAUGAACUGUGGAGCACUGUCUCAGUAACUCAGUGUAACUUUGUUGUUCAGCUUUGAGCAGGGAAUACUUGGAAGUGUAGUACAGUGUUUUGUGUGUUUUGGAUGUUGAGCGAAACUUGUAGUGUAGUUCAAUAUUUGAUAAAAGCACAUAUUAACUAUAGAAAAUCAGCUCAGUGAUAAGGAAAGCAGAGCAGUAAUGUGUGCUGUUGUCAUGAUGUUCUGGAGUGAAGAAAAGCUUUAUUGUACUGCUAAGUCUGCUUAACCUGCAGUUAGGGGGCUGACAUUUAGCAAUUAUGUGGGUUUUUUUGGGGGGGGGGGGGGUUGUUGUUGUUUUUGCCUUUAUUAUAAUGAGGUAAACACAAUAUUGGACAGGAUUCACUCAUUUGUUUUGCCACCUCUGCAUCUCUAUCCUUACAGAUGGUCUCACAACAUUGGAACGUUAAGCUAGCAUCAUAUUCAAGCUGUUUGCAGAACUUUUUACCAUAUGAGGAUUUUUUCUUUUUAGCUGAAGUGAUGGUGUUCUUUGUUUUGUUUAGGUCACAUUUAUGAAAACAUUGGCGAUCAUGCAUAUUCCACAUUUUUGCAGUAUGUCAGGCUAACAUGAUAUUAAACUGUCCCUGCACUGAACAGUAGUGAUACAUUUCAAAAGGCAUAUUCCUACUCAAAUGUUUCCACUGAACUUUCGUACCUCAGCAUGGUUUUUUUGACCUAGAACUGUUCUAGGUAACUUUUUUUCCCAUUUCUUGUAUGUGAAGAAACUUUAUUAUGGACCAUUCCUAGAAAAAAGAGCAUUUGGGUCAUACUUCACCUUUCAGUUCUUAGGCUCAUCUGCAUUGUCCUGUCACUGCCGUUAAUGGUCAGGGAGUCUUAAAACGGUUCAUGUCAGCGAGGGAAAAAUCUGAGGAUAGUUGACAUCAUUUGGCUACACAUCAUUAUGACGUAAAGUUGGGUACUUCAGCUCAUAUUGACAUCAGAACUCAUGACUGCCUAAGACCCGUCAGUGACUGUAACCCGGUAACUGCUGAGGUCAUGUCAUGUGACACGUCUAUCCAUGUUAUUCAUAUUCCAGUCAGGCUUAAGUUUCUUUUGUUUCUAGCAAGAUACCAUGCAUGUUAUUUAAACAAUCAUCAGAAAUUUGUCUCUGAUACAAGCAAAAAUAUGGAACAGAAUUAUUUUACCCAAAACAUACCUCUAACAGAUUUCUGUUCAAACUGACACUUUAUUGGUUUAAAAAAAAAAAGAACCAUGGUUGCUUAAAAAUGCACCAAUGCACAAUUAGAUUUCAACAUUUUAAGAGCGUUUUUUUGUUUGUUUGUU